CUGAUCGAGCGCCUCGAGAAGCUCGCUGGCAACCUGGUCUUCACUGAGCAGUGCUGCAAGCUGGCUUUCACGAAAGUGCUGUCGGUGCUGAACGACGGUGACGACUGGAAGCUGGGCGAGGCCGCCCAGGAGAGUUGGAUCACUGCGAAUGCGGGGAGGCCGAUGGGCGGCAUAUAA